AUGCGCUGCUGCUAUGACGUUUUGGGUGGGACUUGGCCGAUAUGGAAAAGACACAACAACGUCGUACAGGGUCACAAGGCUGACGACCACCGCGUCCGUAUUCUCCACGUGCCGGUCAAGCCGAAGAAGACCGAGGUGGAGGAUCAACACAAAUUUCGAGCACCAGUGACUAUCAAUUUCUUAUUUGAUGUACAGAAUAUCGAUCUGCAGCGCUGUUCCUCUCCCUCAACCUACACCUCACAGCCUGUCGAACCUGGGUCUCGAAUCGUAGUUUCUUUCUUUUGA